GCACCUGCCCUCAAACUAUUUCCCUAGGCUCGAAUGCGUCAACCAUAAAUUACCACGGUCCACGUUUAUAGGCCUAGGAAAGGAUGGCGGAGCAGCGGCCACCCGCACCCGCGGGGCCGAGGCUGCCGGGCCGACUUACCGCUGAACUUAUCAUGCGGAGCCCGCAGUACAUGAGCUGCAUUAAGUUCUACGAGAUUGACCUCCGCGGAAACAAAAUUGCGGCAAUAGAGAACCUGGGCGCGACUCAGAACCAAUUCGAUAGCAUCGACCUCUCGGACAACGCCAUCGUCCGCGUGGACGGCUUUCCCAAGCUGCUGCGGUUAAAGCAGCUGCUGCUGAACAACAACCGCGUGGCGAGAAUCGCAAGAGGGCUUGAAGAGUUCAUCCCGAGCCUGGAGACGCUCAUUCUGACCAACAACCGGAUAAACAACCUCCAGGACAUUGACCCGCUUGCGACGCUCAGCAAGCUGGAGCACCUGUCGUUGCACGGGAACCCCGUGAUGACGAAACCCAACUACCGGCUGUAUGUGAUCAGCAAGCUGCCGCGGUUGAAAGUGCUGGACUUCAAGAAGGUGAAGCAGAAGGAGCGCGACGCUGCCAAGGCGCUGUUCUCCAGUGAGGAGGCGCAGACGGCGCACGCCUCCAAUACCUUUGAGCCGGACGAGGACCUGGCGGCGGCGAAGCAGCAGGCGGGCGUGGCGAACGGCGGCGCGGAGCAGGGCGCGGGCGCCAUGGAGGAGGACGCGGCCGCAUCGUCCGCCGCCGCCGCCGCCACGUCGGCGCCCAGCCAGGAGCAGAUGGUGGCGAUCAAGGCGGCCAUCGCCAACGCGCAGACGCUCGAGGAGAUCCAGCGGCUGGAGGAGGCGCUGAAGACCGGGCACCUGCCCUCCGAGAUUCGGGUGGACGGCGGGCAAGCAGGAGCAGGAGGGGAGGCAAACGGGGGCAAGCCGGACGGCAUGGAGGUGGGCUGAGCGGGCGCUGUGCGCAGGGUGCGCCAGGACUGGUUUGGAGGAGGUGGAGGAGGAGGAGGAGGAGGAGGAGGAAGAGGAGGAGGGGCUGUGGGUUGAGGGUGGGUGCGGAGCGAGCUGAGCGGCAUGCGUGGAAGAGGCAUGCGUGCUGGGCGUUGUGGCAGGCACCCUUUCAUUUGUGUGUGUUGAGAACGGACCCGGCUUGACCCUGAGCGCUGACUCAAAAGGUUAGGGUUAAAGCGCUCAGUGUUGAGCAAAGGAGGGAAGGGGUCGGUGCCGCGGGUACCAACCGUCCGGGCGCGCGCAUAAAUACGUGUUGUGGACACGCAAAGCUUGAGUUUGUGUUCGUGUGUCUGUUUUGGCCUUGGUAAUGCCCUGUGCACAACGUUGGGCAACCGUGUAUGGACCACGGGCUGCGUUGAGUACAAAUGAGUUGACGACACACGCGGUGGAGGCGGAUCGGACUGGAUGUGGGUGUUGCGCAAUGACGGGGCCCAGGCUUGAUGUGAUCGCAGGCUCGCUGUAACCUGCUGUUUUC